AGUGGCCCAGCGUUAAGUCUCACUUGACGUCGUGGCGAGAUCCUUAGCUCCGCAGGGACCCGGACGCGACCAAGGGAAGGCAGAAGGACUCUUCACUUGUUCAACAGAGAAUCUAAAGAAAUUCAAGUAGGACAGGUGGUUCUAAAAGCCAUGAUCCAGGGAUUGGUGACAUUUAGGGAUGUGGCUGUAGAGUUCUCUCAGGAAGAAUGGAAGUGCCUGGAACCUGCCCAGAGGGACCUGUACAGGGAGGUGACUUUGGAAAACUUUGGCAACUUGGUCUCACUAGGACUUUCCAUUUCUAAGCCCGAUGUUGUCUCCUUACUGGAGCAAGGGAAAGAACCCUGGAUGGUUGUGAAUGAUAUGACAGGACCAUGGUGCCCAGACUUGGAGUCAAGGUGUAAGACAUUUCUGCAGAAAGACACCUUUGAAGUCGUGUCAUUCAAUUGGGAGCUAAUGGAAAGCCUUCAGUGCUAUGAUGAAGACUGGGCAUACAAAGGCCAGUUUGAAAAACAACAAAUAAAUCAUGAGUGCUGUUUUAAGCAAGUGAAGAUCACCUAUGGAAACAUGCCCACUUUUGAGUGUGGGCAUACAUCACUCACCCUACAUCCCAGCAGUGAAACUGGUGAGAAAUCGAUUGAAUGUAAUGAAUGUAGGAAAGCAUUCAGCCACGGCUCACACCUUAUUCAACAUCAGAAAACUCAUACUGGUGAAAAGCCCUUUGAAUGUAAGGAAUGUGGGAAGGCCUUCAGUCGUGCCUCACACCUUGUUCAACAUCAGAGAAUUCAUACAGGUGAGAAACCUUAUGACUGCAAGGAGUGUGGGAAGGCCUUCGGUCGAACUUCAGAACUCAUUCUCCAUCAGAGACUUCAUACAGGUGUCAAACCUUAUGAAUGUAAAGAAUGUGGAAAGACCUUUCGACAGCAUUCACAGCUUAUUCUGCAUCACAGGACUCAUACAGGUGAGAAACCCUACGUCUGUAAAGACUGUGGCAAGGCUUUUAUUCGUGGCUCACAACUUACUGUUCAUCGGCGAAUUCAUACAGGUGCUAGACCCUAUCAGUGUAAAGAAUGUGGGAAGGCCUUUAGACAGCAUUCACAACUUACCGUACAUCAGAGAAUUCACACUGGGGAGAAACCCUAUGAAUGUAAGGAAUGUGGCAAGGGCUUUAUUCAUAGCUCAGAAGUUACUCGACAUCAAAGAAUUCAUUCUGGGGAGAAACCCUAUGAAUGUAAAGAAUGCGGGAAGGCCUUUAGACAGCAUGCACAGCUUACACGACAUCAGAGAGUUCAUACAGGUGACAGACCCUAUGAGUGUAAGGACUGUGGAAAAGCCUUCAGUCGUAGUUCAUACCUUAUUCAACAUCAAAGAAUUCAUACAGGUGACAAGCCCUAUGAAUGCAAGGAAUGUGGGAAAGCCUUUAUUCGUGUUUCACAACUGACUCAUCACCAGCGAAUUCAUACUUGUGAGAAACCCUAUCAAUGUAGGGAAUGUGGAAUGGCCUUCAUUCGUAGUUCACAACUUACUGAACAUCAAAGAAUUCAUCCUGGUAUCAAACCUUAUGAAUGUAGAGAAUGUGGGCAGGCCUUUAUUCUUGGCUCACAGCUCAUCGAACACUACAGAAUUCAUACUGGCUAGAAAGCCUUGGUGUUAGGGAUGUAGGAAAGCCUUUAUGUGGAAUUCAUGCCUCGAUCAGUAGUAAAUAAUGCAUAAUGUAAUGUAAUUAUUGUCAGAGAACCUUCAUUUGUCACUUCCAUUAUGGAACAUCAGGUAACUCAUACCAGAAGAAAAUUCAAUAAAUGUGGGAAUUCUUGUUGCCUCAUACUCACUGUUUACUAAGGGAAUCAGGGAGCUUAUACUGAAAAAAAAUUUAAUAUGAAUAUAGAAAAGCCUCAUAUUACCACUCAAAAUAUAUUAAACUAUGAGAAUUCCUAAUAAAAAAUGACCCUAUUAAAAUA